GCGUCGCGUACCCCGAUGCUCGAUCGCGCCUCGUCCGACGCGGCCAUCUGGUCUGCGGUGUCCGAUCCGGAAAUCCUGAUCGGCACUUUCUCCUACCUGCUGCUCAAGCCGCUGCUACGCAACUCAGGGCUCGUGGACGAGCGGAAAGGCGCCUACCGGACCUCGAUGAUCUGGUACAACGUGGUGCUCGCGCUCUUCUCCGCGACGAGCUUCUACGUGACUGCGACCGCGCUCGGGUGGGACAAGGGCACCGGCGAGUGGCUCCGCAGUCUCACGGGCGACAGCCCGCAGCAGCUGUGGCAAUGCCCGUCGAGGGUAUGGGACUCCAAGCUGUUCCUGUGGACGGCCAAGGCCUUCUACUACUCAAAGUACGUGGAGUACCUCGACACGGCGUGGCUCGUCCUCAAGGGGAAGAAGGUCUCCUUCCUGCAGGGCUUCCACCACUUUGGCGCGCCGUGGGACGUGUACCUGGGCAUUCGGCUGAAGAACGAGGGCGUGUGGAUCUUCAUGUUCUUCAACUCGUUCAUCCACACGGUCAUGUACACGUACUACGGCCUCACCGCCGCGGGCUACAAGAUCCGCGGCAAGCCGAUCAUCACCGCGAUGCAAAUAAGCCAGUUCGUCGGCGGCUUUGUCCUAGUGUGGGACUACAUCAACGUGCCGUGCUUCCACGCCGACGCCGGGCAGGUCUUCAGCUGGGUCUUUAACUAUGCUUACGUCGGCUCCGUCUUUCUGCUGUUCUGCCACUUCUUCUACAUGGACAACAUCGCGAAGGCCAAGGCCAAGAAGGCCGUCGCUACCCGCAAGGCGCUGUGAGUCGGUGUGCGCGCCCCCUCGGUCGAGAGACAGCGGCUGCGCGACGUUUUGCAUGCGAGAGGUGGGCGGGCGCCUGGGUAGGCGGGUGCGCGGGAGGGCUGCCCGCCCCCUCGGCGCGGGCGUCUCGAGUAUUUGCGUGUCUGAUGAUGAGGUGGGCGAGACGGGCCCCCACUCAGAUCUCACCGGGGUUGGUAGAGAGUGGGAGAGCACACACGCGUGUCGGCGCGCGGGCGUAGAACUGUGGCGCGCGCUCGCUACCGUACUAGACGACCGAGACACAGCACGCGCUUGGAGACCAAUUUGUUUGGGGCUCGCUCGCGAUGAGAGGAUUAUGUAUUAUCGACGCCAUCUCAGAGACACAAAUCGCAAU